AUGUCCGAAAAAAAACACAAACAAGAGCUAAUCACUCUCAUGGACGACAUUAUGUCUGAAAUUGCUCUCAAACCUUUGCACCAGAAAAAUAAACUUUUGCUUUAUAGUCGUUACCUCCUAUCCAAACUUUCAUGGCAUUUCACUGUAACCACCUUAUCAAAAACCUGGGUCUCUAAAAAUAUGGAUUCUGUGGUGAACAAGUACGUACGUAAAUGGCUUGAAAUACCUAUAUCAGGAACUCUAUCUAACGUCUACCUUACCAGUAACAAGUUUGGUCUAAAUAUCUACCCGCCGUCAAUUAAGUUUGCUCAGUGCCAAACAGUUGCUCGUAACGCCUUAAAGACCUCUGCAAAUCAUUCCAUAAAAGACCUCUGGAAAACAACAUCUGAAAGCAAAAACAUUCAGUACGACGUAUACACCUCGACAAAGGAAGUCCUUAAAACUUUUACCUCGGGACAAGAAGACAAACUGCAGAAUCAUUUGAUUUUGCAAGGCUACUUCUUCUCAAAUGUCAUUAAGUUUUCACUGUCGAAAUUAAACGGCAUAUGGUCUAUUAAAAUCCCAAUCAAACCUCCCAAAGAACAUCUAUAA